AUGGAGUAUUUACAUCCUGACAGCUUCGCGCUCCUCUCGGCAUGGCCCAUACAGAAUCCUCUGACGAACUCGUCUCAAAGCACCUCGGACUUCUAUAGGCUCAAUGUUCUUCCGAUGGCAGCUCGGGCACUCCAUUUCGUCUGUCUGGCGGGUAUCGCCACCACUAUUGUCGAAAGAAACCCUCUAACGUUGUCACAUACCGUGAAUGGUUUGGAUCAUGUCUUCCAACUCGGAAAUCGGAGCUACUUAGCAACAUCCGCCUCACCACUUCAUGUUGUUGCUACAGCCGCAGACGCUCAAGCAAUUACGGCUCCAGCUCCAGCAACUCAUAUCAUCGUAACGAGCACAGUCAUUACUGGACAAUAUUUACAGGACACGAUUGCUCGGUACCUAGCCGAAGAUUACGUAUUCUCCGGGGACUUUCUCGAAACACUCAUCCUGAGCUCCAACUACUCCUCAAGACUCGAUGACUCUGCGACAGAAUGUGUGGCCUCCGUCGGAUCGCGCGUUCUUAUGUUACCAGUCUCAGACGCAUUUCAGAGUCUUCCCAAACUUGCACCGUCGAUGCCACCUCCUGGUCCGCUGCUCUUAGAGUCCGAUGGUGGUACAAUCAAGCUCUCAAAGGUAUUCCGUCUCUACAAGGAUUCAUACAGCGACUUUGUUCACGGAAUCUACGAGUUCAAUGGCACUUACAACGUUCUCGGCCUGGCCGAUCCAGACUGGGGUUACCCCUUGGUCCCAGUCCCAUCUCGCAUCUACAGCGAAGCAGACUCCCGGCCCCUGGCUGGGAAAAGAAUCGGCGUCAAGGAUAUCUACGACAUCAAAGGGCUCAAGACAACGCUGGGCAGCAAAGCAUGGACGCAGAUGACCAGCGAGGCAAAUGAAACAGCUCCUUCCAUCCAACGCAUCAUUGAUCUCGGCGGGACCGUCGUAGGAAAGCAGAAAACGUCCCAGUUCGCGUCUGCGGCUCACGCUUGGGAGUGGACCGACGUGUACUACCCUCAGAACCCCCGGGGUGACGGAUACCUCAGCUGCUCGGCGUCGUCUGCUGGCGGCGCCUGCUCCAUUGCCGCAUAUGACUGGCUUGACUUUGCCAUUCCAUGGAAUCGACAUUCGGAGCUUCUUUGGGACGUCAGCCCCUGGCCAAUAGGGUGA